UUAUGAAAUUAUAGAAUAAAUAUUUCAUGUUAGCGACUUCGUUAGCAUGUUGUAAUAGCUGUGUUGCCCUGACAACGCACAUGUACAUAAGAUACAGUCACGGCAAUAAUAUUUCAUACAACCCAGCAACAUGUCGUCGGAAAUACAGCUCGAUAAAUUGUUGAAUUUAGCGUUAGGAACUCCUGAAAUUGGGGCGGUAAACUUCAACGCCUUACAUGGAGUAUUGUCGGAAAUUAUUAAGACUUUAGGAGUCGGUGGUAAGUUAGUCGAAGUACAGAACACUGAGGAUUUUGGUUCGGGGAGAUCUGGUUUGCCGGCCUCAGGGAAAAGCUUCGAUAAUACCAAAAGGCAAACGUACAACGAAAAGGUCCCGCGAAGUCUAAACGGCUUAGAUUUGGAAGCCAAAGUCACAAAUUUAGAAGAUAAAUUGAAAGUCCUCGACGAACUGCCGAAUAAUUCUGAUAUUGUGAAGCGAAUUCGUGAGCGAGAUUCAAAAUCUUCCGUCACUGAUAUCUGGCAGUUUAUUAAUAUCAAUAGAAGAUUGUCGGCAACAGAGGAUGCCAUUGAAAAGCUUACUGGGUUGUUGGAACAUGCUCUUUCUGAACUUGGUGGUAUUAAAGACAUAGAAAAAGAUUUAUCGCAUUUGAAGAAAUCUCUGAUGGACAUUGAGGAAAGCAACAGAAAACUGAAAGAACGGCUUGGUGCACUUGAGGAUUCUGAUAAGAGUGAAGAUUUUAAAAAGUUGGGAACUCUGCAGGAGAAUAUAGAAGAGUUACAGAGUAAACUUGAUUCAUUGGCAACAAAGAAAGAUCUUGACACAUGUAUGAAAUGGCCUCAAUUUGAAUCGGCGUUGAAAUCAGGCAGUGCCAUUGCUAGUUCGAUGUCAACAGAAAGUGUUCCAAGUUUGGGUGUUUUGGAUACUGUAAAACAGAUCGGUAACAUGGUAGAUGGUCAUGACACUGUCUUGAGUAACAUUCAAGAGCUGCAGGAAACAAUGCCCACAAAAGCUGACAAAGAAGAUAUUGAAGAAUUGCGAAGAAAAGCCCAGGAACUUCCAGAUAAUCUGAUCAAUCAACUGAAUGAUUUAAACACAAAAAUGGAGAACAUGAUCAAUUGGAAAGAUGAAAUGAUGAAUAAGAUUGAAGACGACGAACAACGUAUGAAGGAGUUUCGGGACAAUCUGGAAAGACUGAAUAUUUCAACAAGAAAUUUGGUCGAAGAUGCAGACAGAAAACGGAAGGAUAUUGACAAACUGUAUUCGAUGUGUGGGGAUUUACAAAAUACAAAGGCUGAUAAAGAUUCUGUGGCAAUGGAAAUGGACACUAAAGCAGACAAGUUAGCGUUGGACAACAUGAUAAGCAGGUUGAAAUUUGAUUCGAGUUUUGGAACUCUAGAACAAUCUGUGCAAAAUAUUUUGAAUCGACUCGCAGGACAAGAAGCCGCGUUGCAAGACGCGAUAUUGAAACUGAAUGACGACGUGGAUGGGAAAAUGGACAGGCUGGAAAUGGAUCCUCUCAAAGACUAUAUCAACAAACGUAUCAAAGCAAACAAAUGUAAACACGCAGACUUGCCAAUAUCUGACGACUCUGCGGCUGGAAUGACAAAGCCGGCAAUAAAGUUCCACUGUAUCUCAUGCGCAAGACCUGUUGAAACACAGCCAGGGGUGACUGCGAUACCUUUGCCUCAAUAUCCUGCUUUUCCCCCUUCGAAGUCGUCACGCCCUUACGCACCAUUUGAGUUGGAACAGAUGAGACAACACGCAAGAGGGAAUUAUGAUGGUACAGAUCACGUGUCAACAAGGCCGUGCGGAGGACAACACACAAUGACUUACAACACUAGAAAAUUAAGCAAGAACGUUAAUUACUAUUACAAAGAAGACGAAGGAGUCAUAAUAUCACUGAAGGAUGACAACCCAGUACAAGGUCAUGAUGGACAGUUUUAUAGAGGUCAAGAGUACAAUGAACAGUUCCCAAACCUUCAGCAACCCCAAACAUCACCGCCAACUCCCCCCAAGUCACCUUCCUCUUUGUCCAAUCGCCAAACGUCCUCUAGACCCCACACACCUAUGAGACCACGUUCUGCUGCUGUCAUCAGAUAGUUUUUUCAUACUUUUCAUACUCAA